GGUAGUUCAGUCCCUCUCUGAAUUUCUGCCGGGCGGGGUGGUGUUGGGUGUCUCAUCCGUUCAAACUUCAUCUGUGUAUUUUUUUAACGUAAACUAAAAUCAAGAUUCUAACCCACGUUACAUGGUCUUCAAAAUGGCAAAUAUGGGGCCGGUGAACCUGGUGCUGAUCCUGUGCAUUUCUACUGUUAUCUACUUCUACCUCGACACCAAAUGGUCAGCCUUGGAGUCUUCCGACGACUCUACUCGUCCCUGCGGCACCUACUGUAACGAAGAAAAGGAUUCCCAGUACCUGAUCAACACGCCUGGAUGCACUAUUCCAGACUUUCCUUUGGACGAGAUUUUAAAGAAUAGGAGGAAAAUGCUUAAAGGUUUUGUGUGCUCUAAGAAGCGGGUACUGACUGAAGAGAAGGGCCAGCACCUCUUCUUCUACAAGGACAGAGUCGUCGAUUAUAACAUGACCAUUGACACCCUGAAUUGCACGUACCAAGGCAUAGGGGUUGUUGGUCGGAAAACCGAGUUGAAGGAGGUUCUUCCCUUAGUCGAGAAUAAAAUGCCUAUAUCAGAAGACGGGAUUGCAGUGACUUGCUACAACUCCUCUCAAGGAAACAACACGAUGGUCUACCAGAAUGUUCACUACUUCAUUCAACAGAAGAGAAUAGAGAAGAAAAGACGAUUAUUCAAGGAGAAGUAUGGUAGUCGCAGUGAACAUCCGGAGAAGCUGAGUGUGUUGAUGCUGGGUAUAGACGGAGUUGCUCGCUACAACUCCAUACGUCAGAUGCCUCACUUUUACCAGUAUCUCACGGAGGAGCUCGGAGGCCUAGAUUUUCGAGGUUACACCAAAAUAGGUGAAAAUACUCUACCCAAUACUUUGGCCAUGGUGGUAGGACAUACCCACACAGAGCUAAACGAACAUGAAUGUCUCGCAAAUAAAAAAAUAAAAAAUCUCGACGAUUGUCCUCUAGUGUGGAAGGAUUUCGCAAGUGAAGGUUAUGUGACCGCCUAUGGGGAGGAUAUUUCCUCGACGAAUAUCUUUACCUACAAGCAUCAUGGGUUUCAUAAUGAGCCUGUUGACUUUUAUCCAUGGCAUUCAAUCAGACAGGCCAUACGAAGAGGUGGGCAUGGUAUCUACCCCUUUAGAGGCUUUCAAUAUCCUGUAUGUGCGGGGCCGAGGCUGCUCAUGUCGGUGUUGCACGAUUACUCACUGGCCAUGGCCGAAGAGUGCAGGGAUGUGCCAUAUUUCUCCUUUCUUUGGAGUUCGAGCUUGACGCAUGACCACUUCAGGAUGCCUAGGGUCGUUGAUGGCCUCUUGCUAAGGGUACUGACUCAACUUCAUAAUGAUGGUCAUCUGAACAAUACUGUCGUCUUCCUCGUUAGUGACCAUGGUCUUCGUUAUGGCCCUUACCGCCACACAUACAUGGGACGAAUGGAAGAGAAACUUCCGUUCUUCUAUACAGUGUUCCCUCCUUGGUUCAAGAAGGUGUAUCCUGUUGCCUGGAAAAAUCUCAUCACUAACACUAAAAGACUAACCUCUAACUUGGACAUCUACGAGACACUUAAAAGUCUGGCCAACGGAGACUUUGUCACUAACACAAGACGGCCCGCAUCACCCAGAAGAGGUCAGAGUCUGUUCUUCGAGGUGCCAGAGAGCAGAAUCUGCUCUGAUGUGAGCAUUCCUGAAAAUUUUUGUGCGUGUGAGAUGUCCAUAACUGCGAGUAUAGCUGACCCAAAAGUUAUCGCUGCCGCCGAGGCGGCCAUUAUAGAAAUUAAUUUAAGCAUGAAAAUAUUCUCGGAUUGUGUUCCGCUUCGCCUGGAUAAGGUCAUGAGUGCUCGACUGGUCACCCCCAGUAACUCAACUCAGCCAGGCUCGAUGGCAUUCCAGAUCUUUACUUAUGUUCUAGAGUUCCAGACACAGCCAGGCGGAGCGAUGCUGGAGUUGAAAAUGAGGAAGCAGGGAAACAGCUACACUAUGGUGGGGGAGGCGUUGAGGACCAACUUGUACGGAAACCAGAGUCAUUGUAUUAAGCACUACAUGCUCAGGAAGUACUGCUUCUGCAGAGACCUUCUCCAUCCAAAAGAGCCCGACUUCUCGAGACAUAAUACGACUGACGCUUCCAUUCAUACUUCCACCAAAUGACUUCCUCAACCAAUAAAUGGUCAGUUAACUUCCUCAACUGUAAAAUGGCCAUAUAUAUUCUCCAGCAAUAAGAACAAUAAACAACUUCUUCAUCCCCCUCAAAAAAUAAUUCCUAAAUCCUCAAUUUGACCACAAUAUACACUUUAAAAUCCUUAGCUCCUUAUAUGAACCUAAAGUAGAUGCAAGAUAUUUAGUUCGACGGAAUUUUGUCCGUAAAGGUACAUAUUACCCAACUGUUCGAAUUAAUUUAACUUAAAUAUCAGCAUUCCCGCCAAAAGUGACGUUUUCGUCUGGAAUUGGAGUGGAAUCAGUGUUCAACGGCGAGGAGCAGUGUUUAAAGCCAGUGAAAUAAACACUAAACAGUAACAGCUGAGCAUUGUGGCCAAGUUAACUUACACACCCACCAGUAAGUUCCUACGAUACCCACAGAGAAAUGUCCAUGAGAACCAAUAAUUCCUGCUGACCAUGCGGCAAGGCUCUAAUCAGUCCGUGCUGGGAAGUUUGGCUGCUGCCGAGGGUCGGACCCUCAUACCUAACUGUAAGGUGCCACAACACCACAUGGCAGUGAGCGAGGUACUGUAACACCACACCAUGCAGUGUUCCCAUGACACCACAUGGGGUCUCCAUGGCAGUGUGAUGCACGUAAUGAACAAAUUGCUAUGACAUUAUGUGAGGUCUAUCAUGGUAAUACCUUUGAACGAGUUACUGCAACACGUGUUUGCUGUUCAACGCCUCAGUGGCCUACCUAACCUUACAAAGAAGGGCAAGAGACCUGCCCCGUCCAUCCACUGCAAACAAUAAUUUGUUUUCUCACCUUCUCUCAUUUUCUUUUUGUAAUGAAAGCUUUUGUUAACUGACCCCCAUGCCACUGUAUGUAAUAAAUAAUUCCU